AUGCCGUGUUCCAAGAAGAGGAGGAAUGCAGUGAUCAAGAAAAUGCAGAGUUACCUGCUGGAGAGACAGGGGGUGCUGUCAGUGACUGAGCUGCAAACAGUCAGUGCUUGUGUAAAGAAAAAUGUGGGCUGGUUUACCUGCAAUGAUCACCUUGAACUGCUGUUAAACCGAGUGUCUGACACCUUCAGUCACCUGUUGAAGUCCGAGAACAUAGGCAACAGAGACUGGACUCGGCUAACUGUCAAGAUAUGUCUUCAGAUCUUCCAGGCUAUGCCCAAAAGUAUUGGAGCCAUUGUAUGGAGGGCAGAGUGUGGAAAAGAAGCUCUGCAAAGGAUUGUUGGAUUUCUGUUCCAAGCCAUUGUGAGCCAGAGUUCACACACAGACAGCCGACUUCUGGCCAGUACAACACUGGUAAAGCUGAUUAACAGCAACCCUCAGCCCCAGGUCAGGGCAGUGGCAGCCCUCCAUGCUUUACAAUUGACACAAGGAGAGAUUGAUUGCUUGAUUCUCGGAGAGCUGAAGGUCACAUUCCUGGCAAAGCGAACUGAUGGCUUGGGAAACUUGCUGAUGAGUCGGGGCCUAGUGAGCUGCAAUCACAAUGAGAUGCUGGUCUGCCAACUGCCAGGCUUCCAAAGUGGGGCCUCUGUCUUGCUGGAUCUGCUGUUUCCUGUCAUAGUGACUCACUGUGAGGACAAGAGGAGCCCAAUUCUGUCCCGUGCUUUUCAAGGUCACCUGUGUGUUUUCCUCUACAGCUUAAUUCCUCAAGAGCUUCAGGAUGUGGUGAAGAGUCUGGAAAUGAAGCUUUGGUUGGUGAGCCCAGCGCAGCGCUGUCCACUGAUCCAAGCUGCCUACCUGAAGAUAGUUUCAUUGAUCGGCUCUGGGAUAUUUCGGAGAGCUACAACUCACUACCUGUGUGCCGAGGCAGUGCGUGCAGGAAAUAUACACCAGCUGGAGCGGAUUGGCAGGUUGUUAUUGUGUGAAGACCUUGACAUCCGCCUUGCUGUCCUCACCUGGAUCAUGCAGGAUCUCAGUUGCAAGGAUCAGCUGGCUGGCUGCUGGAUAUUAAAACUUCUAUUGAGCAACUUACAGUUGGUGUUAUUGGAAGCGGAGCCAAGCUCGGAGCUCUUGAGAAGCUGGCUGGAAGCUAUUGUGUUCCUGCAGGAAAACCUACAUAAACUGGAGUCGAAGGCAGUGCCCGAAGAUCUGAACCUGCGAGUGCACUGCAUUGAGAUAUUGUUAUCUAAAAUAGAAGUGGCAAAGCUUGGACCCAUUCUUCACAGUCAGGUCCUGCGUGCAAUCAGUGUGCUGCUGGCUGAGAGGCUACAGAAAAUGGUCCCUGUGAUUCAGUGGCAGACAGCUGAAUUUAUGAGGGGAAUGGGAGCUAGGAUUUGGGACCUGCUGUUCCAGUCUGAUGCUUUUUCUGGUGCUUUUUUCCAGAUCCUGGGUGAUUACGAGGAGCUUCCAAAACAUUUGUUCAACUGCCUUUCGACAAAUCACUUGUGCUCUGCAGCCUCUGAGCUGUACCGGACAAUACUGCAGCAGCACAGGUUGGAAUGCACCUUGACCCAGGGAACCCUGUCUGAACAGGAGCUGGCAGAGAGUUGGGCUCAGUCAUGGCUUCAAAUAUUGGCUGAGGCUUUGACCUCUGACAACCCAUUAUAUCAGCAGAACACAGCCAAUUAUUUCCUAGGAAGAACACUGAAGAUCUUCCCAGCAUCCUUCCACCUACUGGCUAGGGCAUUUGAUGGUAGCCACUCUGAACAUCGCCUUGGCUGGAUCACCUUAGUCAGCACACAGCAGAUGACUUCUGGGUCCCUGCCCAUGGAGGCCGACACACUGAGGAAUUUGAGGGCCUCCCUACAUUGCCUGGAUGACCGUGUGCGCCUCCGUGCUCUUGCUCUGCUAUGCAUCAGCCCUAAAACCAACCAGGCACUGAGUUCGAAGGCCAUGGGUCUGCUGAAGGAGUUCUUACCUCUCAACUUGAAUUGCAGUUCCUCUUCAUUCAGACAGUUGCUUCAGGUUAGUGUGAAGAAAGCCCUGGUGAGGAUCAGAGACAGCUGUCUUCUGAACCUUCGUGCACUGAGAAGGUCGGACAACAGCAAGAAGGGAGGAGAAGGAUACCCAGGAGCAGCAGCCAUUGUAUUUGAGGGUGUUGGUUUUGUACAGUGGCUGCUAGAGCUGAGUGUCUCUUCUCUGCUGCCAAGUCUGAACUACCAGAGGAAGAAGACAGCAUUACUGCUGAUGGAGGCCCUGCUCGAGACCUGUACAGACAGCUGGAGCCCAAACAAAAGGAAAGGACAGCCACCUCAGGACAUGACUGAGUUAUUGAACCUGGCAAGACAAAGUGGGAACUGGGAUUUCUUCUCGCAGUCCAACCUACAGAUCCUGUUGGGUUGCUUGAUGGAUGGAACAAAUGAGAUAAGGGAACUGGCUUCUAAAUUGCUGGUGAAUUACCUUCCCCUGCUCCUACCCCAGCGUCUGGCUGCUGCAUUGUUUGAACAUGCUGUGAAGAUGUUGUGCAGUCCCAGGGUGUCCCAGGCUGAGGCUGGAGCCCUAAUGGUGAAAACAGCUCUUCAAAAGUCUGACAUGUCAGUUUUGCUGGGUGUGGUUGCUCAUGGGGAAGCCCCUGAAGAUGCCUGCUUCCAACCAUUGAUCUUCGUAACUUAUCUACAUCAGCAGUUGGUAGAGCAUUACAAAGUGGCUUGUACAGAUUUGCUGCAAGCUGCAAAAGCCAAGCCCCUACAUGGUUUGAUAUUGGCGCUGAGGAAAUGUUUGACAGAGGUACCGGAGAUCCUGAGUUCACUGCGGCUGCAACCUCUCAGAACAAGGUGGAAGCUAUUCAUCAGUCAGCUGAUGGACACCCUGAGUAACAUUAGCCACUUUCUUCUCGAUACUUUGUCUGGGGCCCACCAAUUCUCCUCCCGGGGCCAAGGCAAUCAUUCCUUUAAGAAGGCUGAUUUUCAUGAUUUAAUCCAGGCCUUUCCAAAUCAAGAGCUAGGGCUGCUGCUGGGAUACCUGGUAGAGUUUGGACUUCAUCCACAUACCUCUGCAAGUUCGGCUCACUUGCUGUCCAUGGCACAGAUACAAAACACUGCAGGAAUUUUCCUGGACAUGCUUCUGAAAUGUCGGCACUGGGGAGUAGUGGAAGGCUGCAGUGCUGGAUUCACCAAGUUCUGUGCAGCCCUUCUGAAACAACAGUCUCCAGAAUUACAGUCUAUUCCUCGACAGAUCUUGGAUCAUGGCUUGUCAGGUCUGCAGAGCCCUCGGAGCAGUUCGAUUACCAGGAGGGCAGCUGGCUUGCCAAUGCUGUUACUGAGCGUUGUGGCUGGAGAAGACAGCGAGAUACAACCUCUACUCCAGUAUUGCAUGAAAACAUUACUAGAUAUUGCCAACACUCCUCUGUCCAGUGACUGGGAUCAGACAAUUGAUCUCCCUCAGGUUUGUUCAGUCCAUACAUUAAAAACUCUGACUCAGAGUUCAGUUCUGGGAUCUGCUGUAUUAACAUACACCAGUGACAUGGCUACCCUGUGCCUGCAAGGGCUCAGCUCUGCAUCCUGGGCCAUGCGCAAUGCAGCUAUUCAACUUCUCAGUACUUUAACCUGUCAUGUGUUGGGUAAGAAAUGUAGUGGAGAUGACUCUGCAUGGAGCGGGGUGACAGCGUGCGCAUUCUUCUUGCACUACCCAGAAUUGAAGAGCCUUCUCCUCAAAGAGUUGUAUAAUGCAACAUGCCAACAUUCUGCCCCUGUAGGAGGGCAUCUUCACCUCUACCCCUCACUCCAUUCCAUUCUCAACCUGUUGGCGAAACUCCAACCAAGUGUAAAUGACACAAAUGGGAUAACAAAUGGAGGAAUCUGUUUGUUGCAAGAUGAGGAUCCAAGGGUGAGGACAGAAGCUGCCAAGUUUGCUACGCAGGUGUACCUGUUAUCUGAUAGCAGCAGUGAGCAGUUAACUCACUUUCAGCCUAACAGGGCUCUGCGCUGUCUGCUUGAGUUCCUGUUGCAGAAUUGUUGGGACUGCAAGCAAAUAUUUGAAGUUUUGAUGCAGUAUGUUCCAGCUAUAGAUGUGGCCGCAAUCUUGGUUGAACUAAGGAGUGAGAAAGCAGCAAAUCUAUACGAGGAGGAUGAACCAAAUGUCUUUGCCGAACCAACCGUCUUUGCUACAAUCCUGCUGCCUUUUCUCCUCCAAAUAGUAGAAAAGUGGGGUAGUACUGCAGCCUGUCAUGGCUGGCUGAAGGCUUGGGCCAUAGAUAACCACUCGGACAUUGUGAAGAAUAUGAAACAGCUUAACCAGAGAUGGAUCCAAGGGCUCCCACUGGUUGAAUGCUUUAAUGUUCUAGCUGCUGCCAACUUUUAUCCUGCACUUGUGGGACUUCUAGUGAGAUUGAAUGUUCUCUUUCAUCAUCUUCAAACACUUGAAUCUGUCAAUGUGGACACAUCUGAUAUUGGCGGCCCUUCGUGCAGACUGCAAGCUGACCUGGAACAGCUGCACGGACUCAUCACUGAGGCUGGAUUAGUCCCAGUCAGUAUGGGAUUAGCUACAUGGAGGAAUGCAAUCACUGAGAGGUGACAAGGUAUCAAAUUAUUGGCUUUCAACAAGAGUAACAGCACCUCUGAACAGUGAUCUUGUCCCCCUGCAGCUCCCGCCAUUGCCUCACACACAAUCGCAGUGAGGUCCAAUCAUUGCCUCACUCCAAAGCACAAGAAAUAGGAACGGUAGAUGGUUAUGUUCCACCAUGCUCCAGAAUUCCAUUGGGAUUACAACUAAUCUUUGGGCUUUGCCUCCGCUUUCCUGUCUGUUCCCCAUAUCAAUUCCCUGAGGGACCAGAAGUCUCUGUAUUCCAACCUCAGUUAUAUUCAUCAGUAGUGUUUCCACAAUCCUCAGGAGCAGAAUAUUUCAAAAAUUCACAACCCUUUGAAGUAAUUUCUCCUCAUCUCAGAACUAAAUGCUACACCCUUUAUUGCAACUGUGACCCCAGUUCUCCCAAUUCCUCAGCUGGAAGAACUGUCUUCAACCCUUUGAAGCUUAUGAAUCACAAUGGGAUACACAGACUGAGUAGAGUCAUCAUGAAGUACUGUUUUCCUCAUACUGGUGCUCCAGUUUUCACGUUUCAAUUUUUUAAAAAAUAAGCAUACUGUAAAAUCAGUCAAGGUGAAAUCAAAGAUGGAGUUUAUUAACAAAAUAUUCAAAUUGCAGGGGAAUUUCUUUGUUAGUCCAUAAACACACACAAGCACUCAGGAAAUUAAGGAUGAUAGGACAUUAGCACUGACCACACAAAUACUGACCUUAACUCCAAGGACAUUGAAGAAGCAGCUGAUGAUUGUUAUGCCAAGAAUACAACCCUGAGGAACUUGUGCAAAGAUGUCCUAGAGCUGAAAUGAUAGACCUUCAACAACCACAACCAUCUUCCUAUAUGCUGCGUAUGACUGCAAUCAAUGGAGAGUUUCCCUUUGGCCUCAGUCUUGCCUUGGUGUUGCACACCUUUGAUAUUGAAACCAACAAUAUUGGGGAACAUUUCCAAUCAACAAUAGCAACAAUUUGGCCAGUUUAGUUAGAAGCAAGAAGGUGAAGGGAGGAUUUAAUAGAGAUCUUUGAAAUUAUGAAGGCAUUUGAUUUAAAACAAAAUUAAAGCAGUAACAUAGAAUCCCUGCAGUGUGGAAGCAGACCAUUCACCCAUGGAGUCUUAUUGACCCCCCCCACCCAAAGAGCAUCCCAACCCCUACCCUAUCCAUCUGCAUUUCCAAUGGCUAACCUGUACAUCCCUGGACACUAUGGGCAAUUUAGCAUGGCCAGCCCAUCUAACCUGCAACAUCUUUGAACUGUGGUGAACAAUUUUGGUUCCUCAUAUUGAGGAAAAGCAUACUGGCAUUGGUGGCAGUCCAGAGUUCACUAGGCUGAUCCCAGGUGUGCACGGGGCUGUUGUACAAAGAGAUUAGAUUUUAAAUUCAAUUAAUAAAACAAUCUGAAUCUGAA